AUGAUUGAAGAUGUAGAGGCAGAGAAUUUAUACACACCUGAUGUAGACUUUGGCCAUGAAGACAUAGCCCCAUGCCAUGUUCACAUGUGCUCAGGUCCUGAAAUGGACACCAACCCUACACUCAACAAAAUUCAUCACAUUUUGGUUGAAGAAGUUGAUGAUGAGGAUGGUGGCCAGUAUAUUAAACCCCAGCCAAAUGCAGGCUGGGGUUUGGGUGAAGGGGAGACCAGAUUUGAGAGACAUAGAAGGGAACAACAGCAAGGUGGUGAAGAUCCAUGGGAAGAGUGGGGUCUAGUGCAGUGGAUUGUCAAAAAUCUGGGACAAACCAAGACCAAUGAAUUUCUAAAACUACCAAUAACCCAACAGUGCACAAAGCUAUUGUUUCACAAUAAUUGUUCAUUUUUGCAAAGAGUAGACAAACUUCCACAUGGUCCAGGCUGGAGCUGUCAAAAGGUCACUGUCCAUGGAAAUUGUCAGGACAAGGAUGGGGAGUUGCUGCAAGAAGAAGUUGAGCUAUGGAGUCAAGAUCCUGUGGAAUGUGUGAAGGAGCUCAUUGGAAACCCUGCUUUCAAGGCAGAUAUGGCCUACUCACCUGGCAGAGCAUAUGCUGACUGUGCAGGUCAACAUAGAGUUAUUGACGAGAUGUGGACAGCAGACUGGUGGGGUGAGAAACAGAAAGCAUUGCCUGAAGGAGCAACUAUAGCUCCAAUUAUUUUAUCAUCAGACAAAACAACCUUGUCACAGUUCCGAGGCAAUAAGACUGCAUGGCCAGUGUAUAUGUCUAUUGGAAACAUUGCAAAAGCUAAAAGGUGUCAGGCUUCGGCACAUGUGACUGUGCUUAUCGGUUACUUACCUGCAGGGAAGCUCAACUGCUUCACUCCUGAGGAAUGUUCCCUGGCUGGAUACCGACUCUUCCAUCAUUGCAUGGGCCUGCUCCUCCAUCCUCUGAUUGCUGCCGGCAAUGAUGGUGUGGACAUGGUGUGCACCGACUCAUGGAUAUGUUGUGUCUACCCAAUUCUGGUGGCAUAUGUUGCUGAUUUCCCAGAACAGUGUUUGGUGGCCUGUUGCAAGGAAAAUCAGUGUCCAAAGUGUCUUGUUGCAGCAGAGGAGCGAGGGGAUGCACUGCACUCAGAGAUGCAUGAUCCUAAGACCACGAAGGAUAUAUUGCAAAGCAUUUACAAGCCUUUCUGGGCUGAUAUGCCUCAUGCCAACAUCUUCCUAGUGUUCACUCCAGAUCUUCUGCACCAAGUUCAUAAAGGUGUAUUCAAGGAUCACCUGGCAAUGCCGGAUUACCUAGGGCUCUGUCACUUCAAGAAAGGAAUAUCAACUGUCAAGCAAUGGACCAGAAGUGAACAUAAACAAAUGCAGCAAGUGUUCAUUGGCUUACUCACCAGAGCAGUUUCCAGUCAGGUCUUGAUAGUUGCUCAUUCAAUUCUGGACUUCUCAUAUUAUGUGCAGCUGCAAAUUCACACAACAGAUUCACUCAAAACCUUACAGACAGCACUAUCAGUAUUCCAUGCUCAUAAGGAUGUCCUCAAGGAACUGUCUAUUCGUGAACAUUUCAACAUCCCAAAGAUCCACCAACUCACUCAUUACGUCCAGUCAAUAACAUUGUUUGGUGCAACUGAUAGUUUUAAUACAGAACUUCCUGAGUGCUUGCAUAUAGACUUUGCCAAGGACACUUACUGUGCCACCAAUAAACAUGAUUAUGAAGAGCAAAUGGUCUUGUGGCUUCAGUGCCAGGAAGCUGUCUUUUUGCAGGGAGCAUAUCUGGAUUGGCUGGCACAAGUGCCUCUCUCAGCUGGCUGGACCCAGGAUGAUUCAAACAUGUAUGACUCAGACUCAGAUUCAGACUUGGAUUCACAUGAAACUCCCCCUUAUGACUCAGACUUGGAUUCAGACUCGGACUCACAUGAAACAGAGCAAACGAUGCAUGUCCUUGCAAAGGCUCCAGUGCAUCCACACUGA